UUGGCGAAUAUUUAGUUUGUGCCUCAUUGUCUCUUCAGUUCUGAAAUACUGAUAUUGAAUUCUCAAAAAUCUUCCCACUUUUCUCUCCAGGUGUGUGACUGAGAUCAGGGGCCCUAUCGUACUGAGCGUGGCCCUGUUCUGCCAGGUGCUGUGGAGACCCCAGCUGAGAUCUGGGCCUUUUUCUGCCAGGCACUGAAGAGACCCCAGGUGAGAUCAGACCACACUGUUGUCCAGGCUACAGAAUAACAUCCACGUUUUGCUCCAGAUCAUCCCAUCCUCCCAGGGGGAAGGAAAUGGCUGCAAUGGAGCUGGCUCAGGGGCCAGUGACUUUUGAGGAGGUGUCUGUGUAUUUCACCAGGGAGGAAUGGGCCCUGCUGGACCCUGUUCAGAGAGCCCUCUACAGGGAUGUCAUGCAGGAGAACUAUGAGACGGUGGUCUUGCUGGUAGAGUUUCUAGUUUCCAAACCUGAUGUGAUCUCCCAGGUGGAAGGAGGGGAAGAGCCGUGGGUCCCAGACCUCCAGGGCUCUGAGAAAGAAGUGCUUCCAAGAGCUGCCUGCACAGGUAGUGACCUAUGUCUGGAUUCUCUCUGUCUCCCAUCAAGUGAUGAGAUGGUGAGUCAGAAUGAGGAGGAGAAAUCCCAUCAGAAAGAUGCUGAGCAAGGAGAACCACAUGGAACUUUAUCAGGAAGAUCCAAAGGGAAUGUUUCCUGGAGUUGUGCACUCCCAGAAAAAACAAAAGCCUGUAAGACUCAGGGGAGGUCAGAGGGAAACUUUAGUAGACUCUCAGACCUUGUAACAAGCAACAGAAUCAACUUGGAGGAGACACGCUACACAUGCCAUGAUUGCGGGAAAAGCUUCAAUCGGAGCUCAAACCUUAUCAUACAUUGUAGAAUCCACACAGGAGAAAGGCCCUACACGUGCUCUGAGUGUGGGAAAAGCUUCAAUCAGAGCUCUACCCUUAUCAGACAUCAGACAAUCCACACAGAAGAGAAGCCCUACACAUGCUCUGAGUGUGGGAAAAGGUUCUGUCAUUCCUCAAGCCUCACUAGGCAUCAGAAAAUCCACAUGAGAGAGAAGUGUAAUAAAUCCCUUGACUAGGAUUGGGCAAAACAAUUUUUUUUAAAAAAAUCACAUUUGCUAAUUCCCACAUAGUGAUUUUCGCAUCAUCUUCACCGUGGUGUCUCAGCUCCACCAGAUAAGUUGCCUUCUUCUGCCUUUUGCAGCUCACCCUUCUUUGGGGUCAGUCCUAUGAUCUUUUCUAUCACCUCCUUUCCUUUAGAGUCAUAGGAAUGUGUAUCCCUCCAGCCAGGAUUGCUCAUGAGUUCCAAGUUGGGGAGAGAGGUUUGAUCCCAGCAAGGUACACUGAGGCAAAAACUACCUGUGCCUUCCAUCCACUAGGACUGUA